CUUACAGACAGGGGACGUGGCCAAUGAAAAUGCUUUUUGAAGGCGACAUGACAUGCGCAUUAUACACUGUUGAUGACUUCGCUAGCUGUUUCGACCGAGGUUUGAAACAGGAUUGCUAAAAUAUAUUAAACAGUCUCCUUCGUUAGACACGACCAUGCUACAGUUUUUGGCUGGGUUUACCUUGGGAAACGUUGUUGGGAUGUACCUCGCUCAAAACUACGAGGUCCCCAACAUUUCCAAAAAGAUAGAAGCCUUCAAAAAGGAUGUGGAGGCAAAGAAGAAACCUCCAGCAGAGUGAAGAAGAGAUUUGCUCAACAACAUGGAAAGAAAGAACCGGACAGAUUUGAAGAGGUGGGGGACUAUUGGAACAACAAGACACUGCAGAGGAUAUAUACCAAAUGUUAAUCUCAUUUCAUAUGUUCUAUCAAAAGCAGUAUGUGUACUAAGGUUACACUGGCAGAGGAAUAAAUGGUAAAAAUGUAUUCUCUAAGCAGGGUUUUCACAGUGCCUGGACUGGACCAGUGUUCUUUUUGUUGUUUUGUGUUCUUAAAGUAAUUGGCUACUUAACAUUAUCUUGACAUGAUGGUGCUAUUUAUGAGUGUAUAUGCAAAGAUGACUAACUGCUGUGGGACAACAUCUACACUUCAGAAACCUUGGCCUUAUCCUGGCAAGAAGCUUGGCAGGGCAGGCCUUAGUGUUCAUGUCUAAACAUGGCAUUUUUACCACAUGCGCAUGUCAUUUUUGACAACUAGACAGAGUGCAGUUACUGCUUUUGAGUGAUGUUAUCAUAUAAAUAGAAUUGAAUUGCGA